CUCGAGUGCCACCACAUGCCCGAGUUGGCGGGCACCGAAGUCACCGCAGGUGGCAGGGGGCUCCAGGUGGACACUAUCCCACUCGGCCUGUCCAAGUCCCCAGCGGAGGGGGACCAGGGCCGCGCGCGGACUGCUGCACACACGGAAACUCCGCUCUGCCUCGGUGCAACCCCACCGGGGCCGCUGCCCGAGGGGCGCUCGCGCGACCGCCCUUCCCCCACGCGCCCCUCCCCCACGCCGCCGUCCGGCCGCCAGGGUCUCGGAGGUCCCUCGCUCGGCCGGGGAGGGGACCCUGGAUUUGCCGUGGCCGUUUCCUGCCUACCUCCUCCCCGCCGAGGUCUAUUUUCCUCCUCCAUGAUCUCCAAGUGUAUUAAAGGAGAAGAAACUGAGGUGCCCGGAAAGAGAAAAGUCACUGGAACUGAGCAAAAGAAAGAGGACUCCGACGGGGAGCAUGAGGACUCUCCGGCUGCGCGUGCCCGGCAGCAACUGGAAGCGCUGCUCAACAAGACUAUGCGUAUUCGCAUGACAGAUGGGCGGACACUAGUCGGCUGCUUCCUCUGCACCGACCGCGACUGCAAUGUCAUUUUGGGCUCGGCGCAGGAGUUCCUCAAGCCGUCGGAUUCUUUCUCUGCCGGGGAACCCCGUGUGCUGGGUCUGGCCAUGGUACCGGGACACCACAUCGUUUCUAUUGAGGUGCAGAGGGAGAGCCUGGCAGGUUCCCCGUAUCUUUGACCACAAUCGUGCAUGUCUUCGAGAUUUCAUUAAAUUUCUGACCGAA